GGGCGGCGCGCCGCCCGGGGGCUGACCCGCACGCCCCUCCGUCGGCCGCCCGGGACUCCGCCGUCGCUGCCGUCCGGGACGCAGCGGCAUUGUCUGCGCCGCCCGCGUCGCAGCCCGCCCGCGCCGGCAGAGCGUCGCAGCUGCUGGGGAGCAGCUCGGCCGGCUCCGAAGGGCACGUCCUCGGCGGCGGCCUGCGGCGGGGCCGGCCCCGGCGACCGCCUGUGCGCCGAGGCGUCCGCGCUCGCCGUCGGGGCGGACGGGCGGAAAAUGAACCCCGCUCCCGCGGCCCCGCCGCCGGGGCAGCAGGUGAUCCACGUCACGCAGGACCUGGACACGGAGCUCGAGGCGCUUUUCAACGCGGUCAUGAACCCCAAGCCCAGCUCUUGGAGGAAGAAGAUCCUGCCCGAGUCCUUCUUCAAGGAGCCCGACUCGGGCUCGCACUCGCGGCAGUCGAGCACGGACUCGGGCGGCCCGCCGCCAAGGCCCGCCGCCGCGCAGCACGUCCGCUCCCACUCCUCGCCCGCCUCUCUCGUGGGCUCGGCCUCCGCGCCGCAGCACGGGCACCUCCGCCAGCGCUCCUACGACGUGACGGACGAGCUGCCGCUGCCGCCCGGCUGGGAGAUGGCUCUCACGCACACGGGACAGCGGUACUUUCUCAAUCACAUAGAAAAAAUUACGACUUGGCAAGAUCCUCGAAAAACAAUGAACCAACCACUGAAUCACAUGAGCCACCAUCCCGCAGCUACUUCCACACCAAUACCGCAAAGGUCUAUGGCAAUGUCUCAGCCAAAUCUUGUUAUGAAUCACCAGCACCAAAUAACACCCAGCACAGCCAUCUCACAGCAAAGUCGUCCUCCCCAGACCCCACAGCCAGGGCUGUUGAACAUGCCCAAUGCACUGACCACACAGCAGCAGCAGCAGCAGAAGUUGAGGCUUCAGAGAAUCCAAAUGGAGAGGGAGCGAAUUAGAAUGCGUCAGGAGGAGUUACUGCGACAGGAAGCUGCACUGUGCAGGCAACUUCCCAUGGACUCGGAAAACAUGACCCCAGUUCAGACAGCUGUGAGCACAGCAGCCAUGACACAAGACAUGAGACCUAUUACAAAUAAUGGAUCUGAUCCUUUCUUGAACAGUGGGCCAUACCAUUCCAGGGAACAGAGUACAGACAGUGGUUUGGGAUUAGGGUGCUACAGUAUACCAACAACACCUGAAGAUUUCCUCAGCAACGUAGAUGAGAUGGAUACAGGAGAAACUAUAGCACAGACAACGAUGAACAUAAAUACACAACAAACACGUUUCCCUGAUUUCCUCGACUGUCUUCCAGGAACAAAUGUUGAUCUUGGGACAUUAGAGUCAGAAGACUUGAUCCCUAUUCUGAACGAUGUGGAGUCAGUACUCAACAAAAAUGAGCCCUUCCUUACAUGGCUGUAGUCAUCCAUUAUUCAAUGCUGAUUCAGCCUAUAAUGUAAUUCAGAGUUUCUUUUUCCUCUUUAGAUAGAGGUAGAAUAUCUCAAAAUCCUCAGAGAUUACUGCCUUAAUGACUUUUGUUAGUUUAAUCUCUGCCUGGAUUUGAUUGACACUAACUUAAAUGUAAAAUACAUAUAUAGAUGCACAUACAUAAAUAUAUAUUUCUUCCUCUUUAGAAGAGCACACACUAGUUUACACAUUUGUAUAAUUCUUUUACUUUUCAGAUCAGGCAGAAAUGUUUCACUUUAAGGACAGAAAUUUGGUGUCAUUUGUGCAUGUCUGUGACUGAUCUUCUAGGUAUUGAUUAACAUCACAAGCCCUUAAUGAAUCACAAAAGCUAACUACUAGGUCACUUGGUUCAGAAAGCCAGCACAGCAACAGACCAUGUAAGCAGUUUUAUUACUAUAUUUAUGACAAUACUAUCAGAGGCUUUUUUAUCAACUUCCUUAAUCUUCAAAAAUAUUUUUUUAUUAUUAGCAAAACUGUGCUGUGUGGACUAUAGAUUAAAUCUGAUCCGUAUCAGCCAUAGUAAUUCUCAUUAUAUAUUUGUAAAGGCACAAACAGUACUAUUGCAGUUUAUUUUUUUUCAGUAUAUUACUGUAUAGUUUUCAGAUAGUAAAUAUGCUUACAUUUUUAAAGUACCAGAAUUGUUCAGCAACAGUUUCACACUGCUAUAGUGUUGUAAAAUAAACCAGACUGGUACUAACUGCAGACUUUUUAAAAUAAUGUGUUACAAACAAGCAAUUUUAAUGGAUCUUAGAUUUUAUGUUUAUUAUAUUAAACACUACAAUUUUGUAAUUUAACACAUGAACAAACAAUUUUUAUGUAUAAAAAUCUGGCAAAUAAUGCAAAAACCUGCUGUUGAAAUCAAGACAGAAAAAUGUGGCACAACUUGGUAAUAUCAUAUGUAGUGGGAAAAAGUGUUUGCUCAUACUGUUUUCAGUAAUGUGUUUAACUGACAAUGUCAAACUGUACAUGUAGUUGUAUACAUGAAAAAAGAUGGUAACUUUAUCAGGGCAAAGCUAAGCAGUAUUGUUACUUGUCUUGUAAAGUUGCAUAGUUCUUAAGUCUUUCAGUUACUGUAAUUGGUGUACAGGACACAAGGCAUAAUGUUCUCUUUGCACUUCUACCUAUUGUAUAUCCUACAAAUACUUCUUUCUCAGAGGUUUGGGACUGAGAAGGCAUCAAGGACAUUAAGCAUCCAGUUCCCCUGAAAUGCAAAUGAAGUCCUAAAAUUCUUAAAUAUUUUGAGGAUAUACUAUUUAUAAUCUAUGAAUUUAAGCUUUUUAUAUUGAAAAAUGUCUUUUUAUGAAAGGCGUGAAAACUUUUCUCUGAGCUUAAUCUAGGCUGUGUAGAGAGAGGAAGAGAUGUAGCACUCAGUGUAAAUGUGUGUUUUUCAGAUCUAACAACACUUCGUAAGAUAUUACCAAUGAGCCAGAGUAUUGAUCGCUAAAGACUUUUUUCCAUCUGGUGGGAUGAACGUAGGUGAAAAGGUCAGAGAUGAAGUUAUGGGAGCAUGAGAAGGCUUAGAAGUAGAAUGAUUAUGUAACAAAAUUUGAUCCAUAUUGGGAAGUGUCACUGCAAAAUGGGAUACACAGAAAAUAAGUCACCAGCAUUCAGUAGAAGACAUGGUAGAACUUGAUACAGUGAACUACCUUGCAAAUGACCAACUGAUGGGUGUAGGUGUACAUUAUACCAAAAGUUGAAACCUAAAAUGCUCACACCAAAAUUUAGAAAAAGGAGAGGGAACGCAACAUCCUACAGUCAUGGAGUUGUAUUACAUAAUGAAAAGUAGCUCUUUUUGUAUAUAUAUAUAUUUUUAAUAUAAAAUGCAAUGUGAUAGCAGAGAUGUGUGUGCACAGAAUUUAAUUUCUGAAUGGUCACUGUGUUUCUUUCAUUCUUUCAGUGGGUCUUCUUUGUUUGUUCAUUUGUUUGUUGGUUGGUUUUGUUUCUUUUUUAACUUCUGCUAGUGCUGUUGAGGUAACAGAAAUUUCUUUUCCACAAACAAGGGACCGGGCAGGGCUGACCAAUGUUGCUGUAGUUAUGAUUAUUCUCUUUUAAGGAUUUCUUCAGGUUGUCAGCCGCAGUGAAAAAUUGCUUUGUUCUUUGGCAUAACUCACUGUAUGAAAGACUGUGGUGAAAGAAUUGGAGAUGUUUUGGCAUCUGAUUGUGGUGCCAACUUGUAAGGCCAGCUCUUCAGCACUGCAUUAUUGGCCUACCUAACAGACUGAAAGACAUCAGUGCUAGAACAAUUUACAAUAGCUGCAGAUCAGUGCUUCAGUAUGAUUCAGUUGGUAGGGCACAUCAUUAGAUUACAUUUAGAAAAUGCAGUUUGUUAAUUUGCUAGUAAGUCAGUACUACUGUAAAUUUAAGUUUUGUCAUAAUACAUCAUAUUCCAAACAGGUCAAGAUUUCAUCUGGUGUGAAUUAGCUAGCCUGUACUGGCUUCUGUUUGGCUACACUGAUUCUCAUCAAAUGGAGGUGACAGCUCUUACAAUGAAAACUGAUACAGUUUUCUGUUAAAGUCACAUACGUUUAUCAGAGUUACAAAGCUGGAAAUUCCAUUCCUCUUUCAUUAGUGUUUCAAGUGGUUAGGUGUCUAGGUUCAAAAAGUUAAAGAAGUAAAAAAUCUGAAACCGUGUUUUCCAUAUUCUGUAAUAAAACAACAAGAAGGUGCUACCAUGUGAAACAUUAUCACUACUAUGUGAAACAUUGUCAGUGUAAAGCAACUACCAGAAUCUUAGGUCGGAUCUUUACUCAGUCAUGAGCCAAAUCAUGGUUAAAUUAAAAGUGAUUAUUUAUACUGUAAGCUUUUCUUUCUUGUAAUGGAGAGGAUGUAUAAGAUGAAGCACAGCAACAGCAAAAUCUAUUUUAAGUUCUUUUUUAAAAACAGUUUCUGGCUUUAAACAGGCUUAUGGUAGAACUUUUAUUCAAAGCACAUUUAAUUCUUCUGAAACUUAAGUUUUUGUUGACUAUAUUUACUGUACUAUUUCAGGUUUUGAACAGUUACUUCACUAAAUGUAUGCCAUCUACAUGUAGAAUAAAUGCAGUAGAUGUGCCAGCUGUAUAGCUGCACUGUUGACCAUCACUGAGGGGGGCAUACAGAAGUGUUGAUGAUACAGAGUAAUGGAGUGUCGUUAAUUACAGUUUGUUUUUUAUUAAUACCAUGAGAAUGUAAUUUGGGGAGGGAAUGGGUUUGGCUUUUUGAAGACAAAUGCUAUAUGGGGGAAGGAGAGGGUUAAAAUGUCUAUUUUGAAUACAGAAAAACAUGAGCGUUCAAAUAAACUUCUUUCCUAAUAUAGUGCAUCUAUGUACAUGCUAAUACUUUAACUUUUUAUUUACUUUUUCCAUUUUGUUAUAUGACGUGUUAUAUUUGUUAUUAAUUUACAGUACCUCGCAACCGAUUGUAUGUAUCAAAAGCAAUCAGAUCAAACUGUUGUAUUGAGGGUUUGAAUCUGUUUUUUAUUAUUAUUAUUUUAUUUCUUUGAUGUUGUACCUGAAAAAUAAAAUGAAUUUUAAAAUUCUGGA